GAUUGUAUUUACAAGUUCUGCGAAACAGAAGUGUUGUGUACGUUAUGUUGAAUGAAGUAACGGCGAAAAUGCAUGAUUUAUUUUCCAUAAUUCUUAUGUGGCUGUUUAUUUGUGAUGUGCAGACGAGUAUGCCCAACGUAUUGCUAAGGGCGAAUAUUUGCAGUGAUUGUUGCCAGUGAAAAUGUUCUAUUUUCCACAGCUGCUGAAACCAAUGUUGCAAAAAUGGAUUUGAAGUAAAGGAAUGUGUAUACAAUAAUAUUACUCCAGUCUAGUUCAAGGAAAUGGCUUUAUUACACAAACUUUUUUCCUCAAAGAAAAAUAAAAAGGAAAUCAUCAAUCUUGAUAAAAACAGAAGUCUAAGCUGGAAACCUUUUAAUUUCAACAAAGAUCAGAUCAGAGUUCUUCUGUUCAGAGAGUGUGAGUGGCGUGGUCGCAAGUUACUUUUUGACACUAAAGUUGUAAACAGAAUUACUUUGGAUGGUCAUAGUUGUAAACAAAAGCCUGGCUGUAAAAUGAAGAGUGAGACGAAUUCAAGACUUGAAAACUACGUUGAAAUCACCGAUGGCUAUGGGUAUCAGUACUCAAAACCUAGCUCAGAUACAAUACAACUGGGUGAAAUGGUUUUUGGAUCUGUAGCCAUGACUUUCCAAGGGUCUACUCUGAAAGUUCAUCAACUCAAGUCUCCAACACGUGUCAUGUGCACCAAAGUGUUCUCAAUUGUUAGCAGAUUCCCAUACAACGGAAAUCUCAAUGAAAGAAGUUUGGAAGACUCCUUUGGCAGCUCUAUUCAUUCUAUGAAUGAAUAUUCCUCCUCAAAUAUUAGCAGCUCAAACUCAAAGCUUGGGACUUGGUCGUACAAAGGUAGUGGACCUGUAGAUGUACCACUGUGUAACUUGCCGGGGAAGAGUACCGGAGGCAGCUUGGAAAUAGACAGUGGUGUUUACGGAAAUGCUUCAAUACAGUCCAGCAGCAGUAUAGGAUCAGACAACAAUUUCAACUGUGGAAGUUCAAUAAUGUAUCCUACUUAUGUUAACUCAAGGCGAAAUUCUGGCUCAUUUCUGAGCCAUACUAGUGGCUGCUCAGAUGGCAGCUUUGGAGGUCUACGGCGUAGAUGGUCGCACACGAUAAACAUGUCAUUAGAAAACUGCACAAACAGUUCAUCUUGUUCAGAAAAUACAAGCAGCUCAUAUAAACAUAACACAAAAUUAGGUUUGGCUGUUCUCGUCACUUUCACUGGUGAAUGUGAAUCAGACAUGGAAAUGUUCUUUUUUGAACAUAUGAUAUUGGUUGAAAACAUGAUUGAACGCCUCCGUUUUUCUGUGGAACAAGCAUAUAUUCACAAAGAUAAGUUUGUGCACCUGAUGAUGGAAGGAUCCGAGAGAAUGCAACAGUGGCUGGAAGAUUUGUUCUCUGCUCCACGAUUGGUGAAUCCUUUGUGGUUGAGGUUGACAUCAUCGCCCAAAGCCGAAACCUCAGCUCUGAUUCUAUCCUUCGUUGAAGAUUUGUGCUAUUUGGUAGCAAACAUCGACACCAAAGACACAAACUUCUUUGUGAGCACUCUUUUGACUGCAGUUUUAACACACCAUUUGGGCUGGGUUAGCACUGUGUUGCCAGAAAAAAUGAUGCAUUUGAACAACUGUAAAACACCAUGUGCAUCAAAACUGGUAAGAUUGAAAUAAUGCACUAUGUACUAGGCAUGUGCGAGAAAGACUUUUUUGAAUUCGAGACGAGAUCGAGAAAGCAAUUUAAAAAUUCUCGAGAAUCGAGUCGAGAUCGAGAAAUCUGUACUUUAGUUAACAGGAUAAUAUGAUCCAAAAAAGUAAAACUCAAUAAUCUGACAAACAUACAUAAUUAUUCAAUAAUUUUAUCAAGUAUCCACAACUGCAAUUGCAAUUACAACUUUACCUUUACACUCAACAGUUUAUUUGCCUACUGUCGUAUGUAAUUGUAAACAUACGUUAUUGAUUCCAUAGUCUAUACAGUUUCCUUGAGCCAUGGACGGUACUUGAUCAUGAAAGUCUGAACAUUCACCACUAUCGAUAUGUCACUAUCGAUACGGACCGCAAUUUAAACAUCAUGUUGCUUGUUAUAUACUGCUGGCCGUGUGUAUAACAUAAGGCCAUAAAACAAAAUGCAAUCGCGGAAGAAUUCUGCAGUCAUGUUUAUAUUUUUAUUUUUUACCGUAACGAUUUACGUUGAUACUUGAUAUUGAUAACGAAAAUGAUUUAUUUUUAACUUUAAUGUUGGUUUUAUUAACGGAAAAUAAUCAUUUUCUUCUGUAAUUUAAUGUGAUAACCACAGCACAAUUCAUUGUUUACGUUUACCGUUUCAUGUAGUGACUUGUGAACUGAAGUUGUUAGUUUUUAACUUUUUAAUAAUUUAUCGUGUAUACUAUCGUAACAAGUAUAUUUUAUUUUAUUCGAUCUACGUUACGUUGAAGAUAUGUUAAUUAUUUCAACACGCAACGCAAAAUGCUGCCUCAAUAUAUUAUAUUACCUAACCUAUUUCUUGUUUAAAAAAUUCUCGAAAAUUCCGAGCCAAAAAAAUUAUCUCGAGACGAGAUCGACAAAAUUUCUGUUUCGACUCGUUCUCGAUGAUGCCGAGACUCGCACAUCACUACUAUGUACAUGAACUAGGCAUGUGCAAAGAGUAAACAUAUCUUAAGACAACUCAGGGUCAGAAUUUUAGUCCACCAUAAAUUAUAAAUCAAAGUUCAAAGUAGAAAGCAUGGAAUAUAUUUUCAUGUAUGAAAACUUGUUUGAAUUUUUCUUUGAAAUUUAGAAUCAGUUGAACCCUUAACAAAUAAGCUGCAUGUUGAAAAUCUGCAAUAAAUUUAGGAGUACAUUAUUUGUAGAGCUGGGCCAAUGCCGAUCCCCAAUCGUAAUAAUUGGCCGAUUUUGUUAAACGUAGCCGAUUAUUUGAGCCGAUCAUUGGUCUCCUACUGCAAACUUAUAACAUUGAAUAAUUAUCUAUACCUAACAACUUUCCAUGUUUGUUUACGGUACUUUUCGGGAAGAAAAUUCAAUUGUUCAUAGAAAAAUAAUAGGAUUUAAUAAUUUAAAACUAACCACACACAAAAAAAAAAUACCAAUAAAGUAAACAAAUAGCGUAAGUUUUAUAAACAUUGAACAGUUACAUACCAAAGUAUCAAUUUCCACGUAUAUUUACGGUACUUUCGGUAAAAUAAUUUUCCAUUAUACUAUUUGCAAAGUUAUUUCUUAUCAUUUACGAACCGAAAACUAUGUAUUUGUUUACCAUUUACGGUUAAUAUUACCGCAAUGGCGAAUGGCGACUGUUGUUUAGGUUGGUUAUGUGACACCAGAUAUUAGAGUGACGUGCGUCGCGCGACGGAAUUCGUACGGAUUAAUGGCGCAAGUAGUCUCGUGGUUAGUAAACAACUACCUCUUCGGGAAUUCAUCUAUUUAGUUUUUUCUCGCUAAAUAUGGCGUAUUGAAAGUUUUGUUUAGCGAAAUUAAUAUUCUUAUCCUGUUUAGCGGGAAAUAGAGCUUAUUUUUCUUUUGUAUAAAAACCUGGUUGAUGAAGAGUUUUGUUCCCCAUUUAGUGGUAUUUCGUAUUCACAAAUUAACUUACAAUCGGGAAUUAUUGAAAGUUUUUUGGCGGCACUGGGGGGAAGGAAGGGCAAUAAAAUUAUCGCUACGUCUACCGGCACACACGGAUCACAGAAUGACGGAGUUGUGAUUAGGUAAAGUUUUGGUUUGACCUUAUUACAUGUUAACGCAGUUAAGUGUGUGUGGUGAUUUAUAAGUAAUCAUGUCAAAGAAAAGCAGUUCUGUCUGGGGAAUAUUUCACCGUUUAUAGUGAUCUGUCAAAAGCAACGUGUAAUUUCUGUAACGCUAUAAUUUCACGUGGCGGUACCAGUGUACGAGGAUUCAGGACAACAAAUUUAUUUAGACAUUUACUGACGUUUCAUAGCAAAGCAAUGGAAAUACAGGUGCAUGAAGAUCUGACCCACAAAUCACAAGUAUCUGAUCUUACAGCAACAGCAUUGGUUGUAAUUGUAAUUAGUAUUGAAAAUUUAAAUUGGAAAUUCUCUCCUUAAGUAAUUCACACUUACAUUAAAAAACUGUCAAUUUUAAAUCCUGUGAUGUUGCUUGGAUAGGCCACACAUUUCCAGUUUUUUUCAGGUUGUUUAAAAUUUUGUUUAUUACAAAAUUAAUCAAUUCAGAGGUACCUGAAAGGCUCUAAUCGGCUCAGAAGAUCGGCAAGAUCGGCAGCAGAUGAUCAGCAUCGGCAUGAUCGGCAAAAUAGGUGAUCGGCCCAGCUCUAAUUAUUUGGCACCCUCAAAAAAACUGCUAAAGCAUAUAAAAUUACCAAUGGAAAGAAAUAAUAAUGAUGAAAGUAUAUUAAAAUGAUUUUUUUUUUCUUGUCCAGGAUUGCAAUGUCAUUAUUUUUAUUGAGGUCUGCUCAGUUUCUGGUAAGAGUGUGGUCAUAGGGCAUUCUUUGUAGUGAACUUCUUGUUUUGGAGUCAGACAUGGAGCUAAGCGAAUCUUUUAAUACAUUCAUUUGUUGUAGCGCUAACAAAAUGAGCUCACUCAAUUAAUUUCACAACUCUUUACAGAGCAAUUUGUUAGUUACCAUAAAUGAUAUGAACUUCAUAGCUCUACGAACGAUGAUUUUAUUAUAUCAUAUAAACCUUCAUAAUGGCACAAACACCAUUUCAGUAGUAUGUCUUACAUAUCUGCAUCUCAUCUUCCGCUUCCUUCGGCCUUUCACUCCAACCAAACGCUAAGCAGAUUCAGCGGCAAAGUGAUGAAGCAGUACUUAGCACAUCAUGUCAUUAACCCCCGUCGUUCUGCUUCAUCUGUGCUGCCAGCAGAGUACUUGGACUUGCUCCAGCUAAUAUGGCUUCACAUGUAAACAAUUUUUAUUAGAGCUGGGGGGGACCCCAAUAUUUUGGGGAAAAAUAGGAACAUAUUUUUUUCAAAACGUGGGGCGGGAAACAACUUUUUCCGGUUUAACGAACUUACUGUAGUUGUAUACUACAUGUCGGUAUGCUGCAAUUGUUCUAACAAAUUAUUUUCAACAUUCACAGGCACAGUCAUAAAUGAGCAUUUUAUUCACCUUUGAUACAUACAACAAAUAAAGUUAUUUCACUACUGUAGUGAAACGAUAGCAGAAUGAGUCUCUUCCACGAUUGAAAGUACAAAGUGUUAAACGUGUAAGAAACAAUUAUUUAUUUGUUUUGUAACAUGCACCAGAAUGGGGAAAAGUAAAUAAACAAAAUGGUCUACGACCUUGGAUAACAUGAACAAAUAGCAUGGGAACUGUUGUGCUAUGUGAAAAUAUAAACAUGUUAGUUGAAACAAUGUUUAAAAUAAUAGUUACAAUUGAUCUACCACAGUGUUUACACAGUAGUAGCUUACUUGCUGCAUUUUUCACUGACACUAUGGAUAUCACGACUUGCGACUCGAAAGCAAAAAAUAAAAAACAUUAGUGUAAAUAAAAGUGCUGUAAAUGUGUUUGUAAUAUUGCCGAAUUGGUACGUGGCCAUCGCAAAUCACUAAAACGAGUGAAUAACUCUUGUUAAAAGUGUAAAUAUGAAAUAUUUAAUAACAAUUGGGCAAAUUUUUUUUUUUUUUAAUUUUGUGGUUAUAAAAUAAAAUUAAUUUACCCUUAUUUCGUGGUUUUUAGUGGUUCGUAGUAAUACUUGCAUAUAUCAAUUUAUAAUCACAAGAUUUGGGCCUACACAGUAAAAUAACUCAAUUUUUUAUUUGUGAGUAUAGACAUUUUUUAAAUUUGUAACCUUAAGUGAUUCCUGAUCCCGUCUUGUUUCCUGCAGGAAAUAUUUUUCCUGUCUAAAAUUUUCUUAAACCAAAAUUCCCCAUUCGUUAGAAAUUUCUAAUGGCAAAAGCUUACAGCUGAUUAAGGCCAGGUAUUGCUGCCAUGCGGGAUUUCCAGGGUAUGUAUUUAAUUUAAGGUAAUUGAUCGAUCCAGACGGGGGAUUUACAGUCUGUUGAGGCCCGGUUAGAUCCGUCCAUGGUAGCACUCAUGCUUCUCCUCUGUGUACUAAGGAAUACCCUUAUAUGCAUUCUGGGGAUACCCACCUGUCCCCAUUCAAACGUACUGGGAACUUAGAUAAGGAUAUCCCAUCAAAGCCCUCUUCUGUAAAAACUGCCCGUUCCACGAGGAGGCAGAGGGUUGCCAUGGGUGUUAAGAGGCUAUGUAUUAACUUAGCACACCUUUUCCAUGGACUUAUUGUUCCCUCUCUCAGAUAGUAAGCUCACCAGACAAAAAAUUAGUCAACCCUAGAGAAAUCAUUACAAAGCAUCAUUUAAUACUGUGUAACUCAGCCUCUGGACUUAAGAACCACCUGGAUUCAGUUAGAAAGUAAGUCCACAAGGUUGUGCAGGUACGUCGCAUCCAAGUUAAGCCCCUCGCUGAGGAUUUGAUUGUGCAAUUGCACCAAACUGCGGGGAUGCGAUGUUGGGAUUUAACGUGCUGUUCUAACAUGUCCCACAGAUUUUCAAUGGGGUUCAAGUCAGAUGAUUUUGCAGGUCAAUUGAGAUGUAAUGGGGUGGGGGAGUGUUGAUAAAACCAGUCAUAUAUGCGUCCAGCUUGUGAACUUUGCAGUUGUUAUCUUGAAAAAUUGGGGUAUACUCAUCAUGCAGAUGUUGAUUUAAAGGCAACACAGUAAGUGGGCCCAAUCCAUGAUACGAAAAACAUCCCCAAAAUAUCACAGACCCACCUCAGGCUUGAACCUGACCUUGCACACAUCCAGGAUGAAAUAUUUAAUUUGGCUUUCGGUGCACCCGAGGAUGUGCGUCAUUGGAAUACAGGCAAAAACGUGAUUUGUCAGGCCACAUUACGUUCCGCCAGUCAGCUACUGUCCACGUUCGUUGAUUUCUAGCCCAUUGAAAACGCGCAGAACCUGAUGUGCCAUUGUGAGCAAUGGCCUCUUGCGAGGUGACCGACUCCAAAUCUUCAUAACAUGCAGUUCCCAUCAUAAUGUUCUCUCGCUAACAGGUUAUGAUGCACCAUCAUUCACUGACUACAACAAUUUCAUGUCGGGUUUGGAAGCGAUUUUGAUUCACAAGCCGAGAAACACAUCUCUGGUUCCUCUCAGUAAGAAUAUUUUUCCAACCACAAUUCUGACGUCAUGUUUCCUGGCCACGUGUAGUACACCACUGCUAGUAGACACGUUGUACAGUCUGCUGCGAAACACCAACAAAUCCAGCAACUUUGUCUACCGUAUGGCCAUGGGCAUGGCUAAACACAAUUGCCCCUUUUUGCCACGCUGUCACAUCUACUCAUGUUAACGUACAUUGUCAGCUUGAAACAUCAAUGUCUCACUGAUCGCUACUGCCUUAUGCUCACAUAGAGGCAGUGUGCGUGCGGUUGAACACAGGACUGUUUCGUUGUGCCAUCUGUACAGGCCUAGUGAUCCUUCUGUAAUGUGCACUAGGGUGACUAAUUUUUUGUUCGGUGAGCUUAUAAACAACUACAGAAAAUGAGGCCAGGGCACCCACCUGAUAUAAUCUGGGGCACAUGAAAUUCAGCUGACGAAGGUUGCAAUUCAAAAUGUGUGCCUGAUUUGCAAUGUACUGGGUUUAACAACUAAUAUAAAUUAAUUUUGCAGUUGAUCACCUGUUAAUUCAAGAUGCAAAGAAAUUUGCUGGUUCUUUUUAGGUAUAGAAUGGUGGAAGAUUUCCCCAUAGUAGAGAUAAGCCCACAUAUUGCCGUGCUUUAUUUGCUAUUUAUGUUAGGUGAAGGUACAGUAAAACCUUUUUGUUGCGACCCCAUUUAUUGCGACCACCUCUCUAUUACAACCCGAUUUCGAGGAACCGUGAAAAAAUUGCCGAAAAUCCGAAGAAAAUCGGAUGGAAAAUAAAUUUUUUGUAGUUAGUAGCGUGUUACUGCGUUUCUCUUGCCGAGUGCUGUACUGCUGCAGGCAGCGCGUAUCUAAAAAUAGAUACCACUUCCUGUCGACCGCUGUCAGCACUUGACAACCCCCAUUCCACGUCCUUUUGCUGGCAGGGUGCGCAGUUAAAGAUUUUUGUGGCGACGUUUUUACGUUUAGCUUUUUGCGAGUGUCUAAUGUCAUACCCAAUUAGGCAAAGCUACCUGCUGGCUUUCUCUUGAUUUUAAUUACUAUUGGUUAACAAUGUUUAGUUUUUGAAGUCGCGACUUGGUAUAUUUUCUGGCUUGAAUUUGUGAACUAUUGUUGACGACUUAUGCAAAUUUUUUCCCCCCGAUUUGGUUACCUGAAAGGUUGGGUUUUGUGACGACUGUUGGCGAUUUACACAUUUGUUUUAUUUCAUACGGAUUUGCGGUUUUGACGAAAUGAGUGUUAAACGAGCCAGCUUGUCACUCAUUAAGAAGUACGAGAUAAUACAGGAAGUGGAUGAGAAGAAGCUGUCGAAGACGGAUAUCGCGCGACGACAUGGCAUUCCGAAAUCAACUCUUUUCACAAUAAUAAAAAAAAGGGAAGAAAUAGUAAAUGCCGUUUUGAAGGACGGCCGCAACGUCCAGCUGAAGAAUUUGAGGGGCGUGACACAUGCGAAUCUGGAGGAAGCAAUGCUGGAGUGGUUUGGCCAGCUUAGGGCGCAAAACCUGCCUGUAAGCGGACCCAUGAUGCUGAAAAAGGCAGACGAAUUAAGCUUGAAGUUAGGCAUUGAGAACUUCAAAUGUUCAAACGGUUGGCUGGAUCGUUUUAAAGUUCGUCAUGGCAUAUCGAGUCGUAAAAUCGUUGGUGAAAGUGCGUCAGUCGACCCACAAUCUGUGAACGAAUGGUUGCCCUUGCUUGGAAACAUCCUUUGCCGAUACCCGCCUCGCGAUGUUUACAACGCGGACGAGCUGGGGAUGUUCUAUAAUCUGAUGCCAGAUCGUACUCUAGCUAUGAAAGGUGACAUGUGCAAGGGUGCAAAGCGAAGCAAAGAGCGCCUCACCGUCCUUCUGUGCUGCAACAUGGACGGCAGUGACAAAAUGAAGCCUCUCGUGAUAGGAAAAUUCCAGAAACCCAGAGGAUUCAAGGGCAAUGUAAUUCCAUGUGAUUACGAUUUUAAUAAAAAGGCAUGGAUGACUUCAACGGUGUUCAUGAGAUGGCUUCGCGGCUUUGAUGCAAAGAUGGGCGCAGCCAACCGAAAAGUUGUUCUCUUUGUCGACAAUUGCCCAGCACAUCCUGCUGUCGACAACCUCAGGAACAUUGAACUGGUGUUCCUGCCAAAGAACACCACCAGUGUGCUUCAGCCUCUGGAUCAAGGCAUAAUACAGCAAGUGAAACUGAAGUUCCGCGAAAUGCUCGUGCGGAGCAUGGUUUUAAAAAUGGAAAUUGGCAAAGAUGUCAAGAAGUGGGAUGUAUUUAGAGGGAUAGAAGCAAUUGUUGCUAGUUGGAGGGCCGUGCAGCCUACAAUUAUCGCCAACUGCUUCCGACAUGCCCACUUUGUCACACCAGUCGACAAAGAGGCUACCGUCCAUGUGCCUCUUGCUGCUGCCAACUCUGAAGACCCGGACGACCCGCCGACAAUGGAUGCCGAACCCCAGCCAGGCCCUUCAACGGAACCGGAGCUGGGCCCUGUGACAGUGUUGACACCUUCCCCUUGCACUGUUACUAGGCCUUGCGACGAUCAAAUGUGGCAGCAUUUGGCCCCAGACUGUACAUUUGAGGAAUUUGUGAGAGUGGACGAUGACGUCGCAGUUUGCGGUGCCCUUGAUGAUGCCGGAAAAUUACAGCAAGACUCCAGUGACGAAGAGGGGGAAGGAGAAAUGGAAGAACUCGAAGACGUUCCCACAACGAGAGACGUCCUCAAAGCUGGAGACGUCUAUGCAUCAAUGCUACGACAUCAUGGUGCAAGUGAGGAGAUGUGGUCUCACUUUACAAAAUUGAAAGAAUUUGUCGAGAAAGCUGCCAUUAAGCAGAAACAGACCUCAAUUAAGGACUUUUUUAAAAAGUAGGGCAGUUUUAAUAUAACUUGAUUUUUUUUCAUUAAAUGAGUUUACGUGUAUAUUUUUUCCCCCUCGUACAUUAAAACAUUUCUUUGUUGAAGUGAAAGUUAACAGUGUGGAAUAUGUAACUUAACUUACAUGUUCAUUAAAACAUACGUUGGUGUGUUACGUAUGUAGAGCACGUAUUAGUGUUUACAACAUAAUGACCAGCUGUCACGUCAAUUACGUUGUUGGAUAUUAUGACUUAACGGGUGAGUUAUAUUCAGUGCUGGAUGUUGCCAUUGUAUGGGUGAUGGUUUUGUAAAAAGGCCUACUUUUAUGUUAAACGUUAAGCAGAACUCUUUAAGUUUGCAUUGCAUUAGUCUACUGCUAAAAAAAA